AUGAGUAAUAUGCAAAUGGAAUACAUUCUUCAAGAUGAUAUCGCAAUGGAUACAAUAUUUAAUCAUACUGGAAGCACUAAACUACAAACUACAAUAAUCAUUUUAAUUGGAUUAUUUGCCAUUUUUUCCAUUCUAUUCAAUAUGAUCCUAUUGGUUACGAUACUUUUAAGUCGAAAAUUACGCUCAGUUCAACUUUUCGUAUUAUUUUGUAAUUUGGCUAUAUUGAAUAUAUUUAAUGUAUUAUUCGGUAUGUUUAUUCCAAUGUUAUUUAUUAUCAAUCGUAAUUGGCUUUUCGAUAUGACAAUAUGUCGUUGGAAUGCAACUCUUGAACAGAUGAUUCAUGCAUGUUUGGAUAACAUUUAUCAUGGGAUGAUUGAUUGCUAA